AUGGUAAACAGUGUUCGCCAGGAGAGAUCAGACUCACCUGUAUCCAGCUGUGUGUCCAUGGACAGUGAUGACUCUAAAGACUUGCUGCCACCUGCCUUCAGAGGGGGAAAUACUCCUGAUGGAGAAAGCAUUCAAAAAGAUGGAGCACAGUCGAAGAUUCAGUCUGUCCAGAAUCAACUGCAAGACUUGGUCUCCAUAUUUGAGCUCCUCGAAAGCAAAAUCACCGCCUUUGUGAAGAAUGAACUGAAAAGACUGAAGAAGCUUCUAUCUGAGGAAAUGUCAGAAUGUUUUGGGGGUCUGAAGGAGGAUGAGACCAGUGCCAGAGAGGGAGUUCUGAAGAUCACACUGCACUUCCUGAGGAACAUGAACCACAAUGACCUCGCUGACACACUGGAGAAAAAUGACCAGGUUGUAAAUCUUCAUAGUGAAUUAAAAUCAACUCUGAAGAGGAAGUAUCAGUGUUUGUUUGAAGGAACAGCAAGGCAAGGAAACCCCACCCUCCUCAAUAAGAUCUACACAGAGCUCUACAUCACAGAGGGUGGAAGUGGAGAGGUCAAUAAUGAACAUGAGGUCAGACAGAUUGAGACAGCAUCCAGGAAACCAGCAACAGCAGAGACACCAAUACAAUGCAAUGACAUUUUUAAACCCUUACCUGGACAAGACAAACCCAUCAGAACCGUGCUGACAAAGGGAGUCGCUGGCAUUGGAAAAACCGUCACUGUGCAGAAGUUUGUUCUGGACUGGGCUGAGGGAAAAGCCAAUCAAGAUAUCAAGUUUAUAUUCCCUAUUCCUUUUAGGGAGCUGAAUUUGAAGAAGGGGAAACACAGUUUCAUGGAUAUUCUACAUCAGUUUUUCCCAGAGACAGAGGGACUCACACUUACCAACAAUGACAAAUAUAAAGUCAUGUUUAUCUUGGACGGUCUGGAUGAAUGUCGAUUUCAUCUGGACUUCCAGAAAAAUGAGAUGUUACAUAAAACAAAAGAGCCAGACUCAGUGAAUGUUCUGCUGACAAACCUCAUCAAGGGAAAUCUACUUCCUUCUGCUCUACUCUGGAUAACGUCACGACCAGGAGCGACCAAUCAAAUUCCUCCUGAGUGUGUUGACCAGGUGACAGAGGUACGAGGGUUUAAUGACCCACAGAAGGAGGAAUACUUCAGGAAGAGAAUCAGCAAUCAGAGCCUGUCAAGCAGAGUCAUCAAACACAUCAAGUCAUCAAGGAGCCUCUACAUCAUGUGUCACAUACCAGUCUUCUGUUGGAUUUCAGCCACUGUUCUGGAGAGAAUGUUGAGUGAAACAGAGAGUAGAGAGAUCCCAAAGACUCUGACUCAAAUGUACACACACUUCCUGAUCUUUCAGACCAAACAGAGGAAUCAGAAGUAUGAUGACCAUUAUGAGAUGGAUCCACACUGGAAUAAAAAGAGCAUUCUGUCACUGGGAAAACUGGCUUUUCAACAGCUGGAAAAAGGUAAUCUGAUCUUCUAUAAGGAAGACCUAGAGUAUGGCAUUGAUGUCAGAGAGGCAUUAGUGUACUCAGGAGUGUGCACCCAGAUCUUUAAAGAGGAGUCUGGGCUGUUUUAUGGGACCGUGUACAGCUUUGUUCAUCUGAGCAUUCAAGAGUUUCUGGCCGCUUUAUAUGCAUACAUGUCUCUCAGCAACAACAACAUCAAUGUUCUAGUCCAAGGGGAAGCCACGCUGGAUGAAUCAAAUAAAACAGUGACUGGUUUGCUCAAGUGUGCAGUGGACAAGGCCUUGAAAAGUGAGAACGGACAUCUAGACCUGUUUCUUCGCUUCCUUCUGGGUCUUUCAUUGGAAACCAAUCAGACUCUCUUACGAGGUCUACUGACACAGACAGGAAGUGGUGCACAGAGGAAAGAGGAAACAGUCAAGUACAUUAAGAGCAAAUUUGGGGAGAAUCCAUGUCCAGAGAGAUCCAUCAAUCUGUUCCACUGUCUGAAUGAACUGAAUGACCAUUCUCUAGUGGAGGAGAUCCAAAGCUACCUGAGCUCAGGAAAUCUCUCCAGAGAUAAACUCUCUCCUGCUCAGUGGUCAGCUCUGGUCUUUGUGUUACUGACAUCAGAGGAGGAGCUGAAUGUGUUUGACCUGAAGAAGUUCAUCAAAUCAGAUAACUGUCUUCUGAAGCUGCUGCCAGUGGUCAAAACCUCCAGAACAGCACUGCUCGAAAGCUGUGACUUAACAAAGAGAAGCUGUUCAGCUUUAGUCAAAGUUCUCCGCUCAAACUCUUCCAGUCUGAGAGAACUGGACCUGAGUAACAAUGAUUUGCAGGACUCAGGAGUGAAGCUGCUCUCUACUGGUUUCAGUAACCCAGACUGUAAACUGGAGAUACUGAGACUUGCAGACUGUGGUAUAACAGAGGAAGGAUAUGCUGCUCUCGCUUCAGCUCUGAGAUCAAACCCCUCACACCUGACAGAACUGGACCUCAGAGGGAAUGACCCUGGAGACUCAGGAGUGAAGCUGCUCUGUGAUUUACUAGAGGAUCCAGACUGUAAACUGGAGACACUGAGGCUGUUGAAAGAUCCUCUGGCAGAGGAGGCCUGUGUUGCUCUGACCUCAGCUCUAGGUAAAAACCCCUUACUGCUGAGAGAGCUGAAUCUGAGUGAGGAUAAACAAUACAAGUUAGGAGUGGAGCAGCUCACUGCUCUACUGAAAGAUCCACACUGCAGACUAGAGAAACUGGAGCUGAAUAAUUGUAACCUAACAGAGAAGAGCUGUUCAGCUCUAGUCACAGUUCUCAGCUUAAACUCUUCCAGUCUGAGAGAACUGGACCUGAGUAACAAUGAUCUGCAGGACUCAGGAGUGAAGCUGCUCUCUGCUGGUUUGGAGAACCCACACUGUAAACUGGAGACACUGAGAAUUUCAGGCUGUAAUUCAACAGAGGAAGGAAAUGCUGCUCUGGCUUUAGCUCUGAGAUCAAACCCCUCACACCUAAGAGAGCUGGAUCUGAGUAAGAAUAAACUAGGAAAUUCAGGCGUGAAGCUGCUCUCUGCUCUACUAGAGAAACCACAAUGUGCAGUGGAGAAACUGGAACUGUGUAAGUGCAGUAUAACAGAACAAGGCUGCAGGGCUCUGGCUUUAGCUCUGAGGUCAAACCCCUCACACCUGAGAGAGCUGAAUCUGAGUGAUAACAAACUAGGAGACUCAGGAGUGAAGCAGCUCUCUGCUCUACUGGAGAAUCCCCAUUUUAGAGUGGCGAAACUAAGUCUUUCAGACUGCAGUAUAACAGAGCAAGGCUGUAUUGCUCUGGCUUCAGCUCUGAGAUCCAACCCCUCACACCUGAGAGACCUGGAUCUCAGAGGGAAUGAACCAGGAGAAACAGGAGUGAAAUUACUCUCAGCUUUACUGGAGAAUCCACAUUGUAAAUUGAAGAAACUGGGUCUGUGUAAGUGCAGCAUAAAGCAGGAAAGUUGCGCUGCUCUGGCUUCAGCUCUGAGGUCAAAUCCCUCAUACCUGAGAGCACUGAAUCUUAGUGAGAAUAAACUAGGAGACUCAGGAGUGAAGCUUCUCUCUGCUUUACUUGAGGAUACACAUUGUAAACUGGAGAAGCUGAAUCUGUUUCAGUGCAGCAUAACACAGGAGGGGUUUGCUGCUCUGGCUUCAGCAUUGAAUUCAAAUGCCUCACACCUGAUAGAACUGAACCUGGGUGAGAAUAAACCUGGACACUCUGGGGUGAAGCUGAUCUGUGCUGUGCUCAAGGAUCAUUACUGUAAAUUGGAGAAACUGGAACUUGCAGACUGUAGUAUAACAGAGGAAGGAUAUGCUGCUCUGGCUUCAGCUCUGAGAUCAAACCCCUCACACCUGAGAGAACUGGACCUCAGAGGGAAUGAUCCUGGAGACUCAGGCGUGAAGCUGCUCUCAGAUUUACUGGAGGAUCCACACUGCAAACUGGACUCACUGAGAAGCGUCGCCGCCGGAGGAGAAGGGGGAAAAGAGCCGGAGUCCUGGAGACUGCAGGGAGAGGGACACACCAUCCACAUCGGGGGUACAGCAGUGGAGAGGGUCAGCAGCUUCAGAUUCCUGGGGAUUAACAUCAGCGAGGAUCUAAGCUGGUCACACCACACAGGAGUGGUCGUCAAAGCACCAAGACAGCGGCUCUUCUUCCUCCGACGACUGAGAAGGUUCAGGAUGGACCCCAGGAUACUCACCAACUUCUACAGGUGCACCAUAGAGAGUAUCCUGACUGGCAGCAUCACGGCCUGGUAUGGCAGCUGCACCGCUCACGACUGCAAAGCUCUGCAGAGGGUGGAUCAACGACCCAAAGCCUUGAUGUUGAUUGAUUCUGGAGCCGAGGAGAACUUCAUUGACUCCUGCAUGGCUGCUCAGUGGGGGUUGCCCACUUCUUCGCUUGAGUUGCCAUUGGUGGCCCAUGCAUUGAAUGGGCAGAGAUUGGCCAACGUCACCCAUAUCAGCACUCCGCAAAUCCACGUCACGUCCUUUCCCCCACAUCACCCUUUUGGCUGCACCAUAGAUCUUCUGCCCGGCACUUCUCCUCCUAGAGGGCACAUCUACUCUCUGACCCAGCCUGAAACGGAAGCCAGGAAUGAGUCCAUCCAAGAGUCCCUGUCUGCAGCAGAAGUAGCCUUCCAUGAUCUGAAACAGUGCUUUACCUCAGCGCCUAUCCUGAUCCAGCCUGACCCCAACCUUCAGUUCACCAUGGAGGUUGAUGCUUCCAAUGUUGGCGUCGGAGCAUUCCUCUCUCAGCGUUCCCCCAAGGUCUGUAAGAUCAAUCUAUGUGCCUUCUACUCCCACCGCCUCACUCCAAUGGAGUGA